AAGCUUGAAUUUCCUGGUUAGGGUUUAGUAAGAUUUUGAAGCUGCUUGAAGAAAAAAAUUGACCGUAUCAUAUUAUUACACUUAACUGGUUUUUAAUUACUUAUUAUUACUUUUGCAAUCAGUCAGCAAGCCACCAAGUCACUGAGACUUGUUUGGACUCCGGUCUUUCGAAUCUCAGUGAGAGUGGAAAUAUUUUCCUUUUGAUUCUGUUAGAUUCAUAACCAUGUGUAAAUUUGGCCUCCUGCUCAUAGGAAACUCUAGUUUUAAUUUCUUCAAUUUUUAAGGUUUACUAUUGAUUCUUAUGGAAUUCAAGAGCAGCAAUGUCAGGAUCGGAGAAGGGAUUGAUGAAAAGCACUACCAGGAAGCCCUUCGGCGUGAGCCUCAAGAAAAGUCCGGUGACGCCACCGCCGUUCGUCCAGAACGUGCGUUUAUCCGUCAGUGCCGACGUCACACCUGUCGAUACACCCCUGACUACCGCCACCUCACCUUCCUACCAGGCCCCCUCUGCCGCCGGACGAGGUGGUGUGGAAGGAUCAACCCGCAGAGCCGGGGUGUCAACCCAUGGGAUUAAUGUGAACAUGAGCAUGGGGAGCGCGGCUGAGACAUUGAAGACGAAGAGGGGGAAGCAUCUUGUACCUGCGUCGCAGUCUGAAAACCAUACAAGUGGCGGCGACUGUUUCUCUUCUUGUCAUCAUCCUCCUGGUGGUGCUGAUGCUGGAUCGGAAACGGGAUUGAUGAAAAGCACUACCAGGAAGCCCUUCGACGUGGGCCUCAACAAAAGUCCGGUGACGUCACCGCCGUUCAUUCACAAUGUGCGUUUAUCCGUCAUUGCCGACGGCACACCUAUCUAUGCACCCGUGACUACCGCCACCUCACCUUCCUACCAAGCCCCCUCUGCCGCUGGAGGAGGUGGUGUGGAAGGAUCAACUCGCAGAGCCGGGGAGUCAACCCAUGGGAUUAAUGUAAACAUGAGCAUGGGGAGCGCGACUGAGACAUUGAAGAAGAGGGGGAGGCAUCUUGUACCUAUGUCGCAGUCUGUAAACCAUACAAGUGGUGGCGACGGUUUCUCUGGGUCCAAGAAAGCGAGAGGCAGAACCCCUGGUUCAAAAAAGCAGCAGCAACUUGAAGCUCUGGGUUCAGUUGAAGUAGGAUUUACACCACAUGUUAUUACUGUGAAAGCUGGAGAGGAUGUAUCAUCAAAAAUAAUGUCAUUUUCUCAGCAUAGUCCAUGGGCGAUUUGUGUGCUGUCAGCAAAUGGCACCAUAUCCAACGUGACUCUCCGCCAACUGGGCACAUCUGGUGAAACUGUAACAUAUGAGGGACGAUUCCAAAUUUUGUCACUAUGUGGUUCAUUUCUGCCAUUUUACGAUGGGGGUCAAAGAAGCCGAGCUGGGGGGUUAAGUGUGUCCAUACGUGGACUAGAUGGUCGUGUGAUAGGUGGCGGUGUGGCUGGUCUUCUAACAGCUGCAUCUACCGUUGAGAUAGUUGUGGCAAGUUUCAAAUCUGAUGGUUACAAGGUAUCAAAGUUGGCAAAACAAAGUGAGCCCGUGUCCCCAGCGCUAGGGACAAGUGGACCAAGCAGCUUACCAUCAGGUGGAACUUCUAGUGAAUCCUCAGGUGGGUCUGGUAGUCCUAUUAAGCAGAGUGGAGCCUGCAGUGACAGCAACCCCCAAGGCAUUUGAAGCAUGCCAUGGAAGUGAAACAUUCUAUGACCCAGGCCUUACUAAUCGAGGUAUUAGGUUUGCAAUCUGAUGUUGUAUUGUGAUGUAAGGCUAGUGUGUCUUUUAUUUAUUGCAAUAAAGAAUGGUGGACGCUUUCCAGCUUAAAACCAUUGGUUGCUGGAAGAUGCUAAGCGAGACUGAGAGAUCCCUUGGCAAGUUUGUGAAGUAGUUGACAUGAAUGCUCAUGUUUAGGACUUAAGUAGUUGUUUGUUGUUGUUACCGCCUAUGAUCUAUGAUAGCUUAUCCCUGAUUAUAUAUCAAUCAAGGUCGUACUGGUGAGGUGCCAGUUCUUUUUUAUUGAA